AUGGUUCAUUUAAGAUGGCUCCACAAUUAUUUUAUCAGUUAUACACCAUUCAUGGUGUCAUAUGUGGAUAACCAUUACCAUCUGUUUAUUGUAAUUUCUGGAAAAUCUGAAGAAAUCUAUGGUGCAAUAUUUGACGUUGUGAUGCAGCAUAUUUUUCAACGCUCUAUAUCAAUAACAACUGACUAUGAAAAGGCUGUUCACAACGUGACCAAGAAAAAACUACCAAUAGCAACAGUUCAUGAUUGUUUCUUCCAUUUUAAACAGUGUUUAUGGAGACAAAUUAAAACUCUUGGAUUACAAAAGCUUUUUGUAGAUGAUCGUCAAGUUCGAUGGUGUUUGAAAACUUAUGCUUGUCUUGCACUAAUAUCUGAACCAUCUGUAAUAGAUGAGUUCCAAAAAAUUACAAGUUGA